GAAAAUUCAGGCUUGUUGAUGAAUUGUCAGUGUUAGUCAGAAAUGUGGAACUCUUUGAUAUGAAGUUAGUUUCUCUUUGGAAAUUAUCUGUGUAGAUUGUUUAACAGUCCAUGACCUGUGUGGAGAAGAGUCUCGAAUCUGCGGAGUUAAAUUGGUAAAUUAUUUUACCCCACACUCGGGUGUAAAAUAUGAGUCCACAGAAGCGCACGGUGGAACCAGGAGCUUUAGAAGUGCAGUUUAUUGGAGAUAAUGAUGUUCUGGAUCACAUUGUGGACAAACAUGAAGGUUCAAAAGCCUCACAGAGUUCAGUCCAAACUCUUGUAAGCCUAACGAGCCCUAGAAAGCCAUCAGCAGGACCUGCUGAAGAGGACGCGGAUGGUGUUUUAAAUGAGCAAAACUAUAUAGAGGCACUUGGUGCUGGCACAGAAGAUGGAAACGAGAAUGGAUCAGUCACUGCAGGAGCCUCGGUGUUCACUUUUCAGACUAUUAAACGUGCCAAUAAAAUGGCACGAGUGGCAUCAGAGUGGGCGCGCACUCCUGGAAAAAGUGUUACAUUUAGCACUCCUAGUAGUCCAGAGGAGCCACCUAGCCCUGCCCGUGCAUCCAAGAAGGUGGCGAGUCAGAACAAAACUCCUCAAAAGGGGAAGAAAGUACAGUUUGUUUCCACAACCCCACACAGAUUGAGAAAGAGGAUAUCAGCCCCUAAUCUGAAGUCAGACAGUGACAGUGAUUUCUCCCCCUCAAACUCUGAGGAGGAUGAAGAUGAGGAGGAAGAAGGAGAAAAGAGUGAAGCUCAGCUGAAAACCCCCAGCAAGACAUCUAUAGCAGCUGCUGCUGUUCUUUACAAGACACCUGCCAAGAGGAGCAAGAAAGCACCUGAGCCCAGCCUGGUGGAGGAGUACUUUGAAGCUCACAGCAGCUCGAAGGUUCUCACAUCAGACCGAACCCUCCAAAAACUCCAGACCCCAAAACUGGAUCGGGAAACUCUGCUGAGAUUGCUGGAUGGAAAACCCUCCUGUUAUAGAGAUGAGAUCACACAGCUGAAUAAAAAACACAAGAAGAAUUUCAGCAAAUGGAUGCUGCAGUUACAAAUGGGCUUCAACAUAGUGCUGUAUGGCUUGGGCUCGAAGAAGCUUUUACUGGAGAAAUUCCGCACUGAGAUGUUGUCUGAUUCCAUGCACCUGGUGGUCAAUGGCUUUUUCCCAAGCAUCACCCUCAAAUCGAUAUUAAAUGCCAUCACCGGUGAGAUGCUGGAGCACGAUGGGAGUUUUCGUACCCCAGUGGACCAAAUAGACUUCAUUGUGAAAACCCUUAAAAAAGAUCCAGACAACCACAUCUACCUGAUCAUCCACAACAUUGAUGGCCCCAUGCUCCGUGGUGAGAAGAACCAGCAGGCCCUGGGGCAGCUGGCCUCCAUUCCCAAUAUGCACCUGCUUGCCUCUAUAGAUCACAUCAACGCCCCUCUUGUGUGGGACCACGCAAAGAUGUGUGCGUUUAACUGGCUGUGGUAUGAGACGACUACCUUCCUGCCAUACACAGAAGAGACGUCAUAUGAGAACUCUCUCCUGGUGCAGCAGACAGGAGCGCUGGCUCUUAGCUCGCUCACACACGUCCUGCGCAGUCUCACGCCAAAUGCCAGAGGGAUCUUCAGACUACUGGCUGAAUUCCAGCUGGAGAACAAAGACAACCCUUCAUAUACAGGUUUGUCUUUUCAAGAUUUUUACCAGCGUUGUCGUGAGGCAUUCCUGGUGAACAGUGACAUCACACUGAGGACUCAGCUGACAGAGUUCAGGGAUCACAAACUGAUCCGCACAAAGAAGGGACCGGAUGGAAUAGAGUACCUUCUGAUCCCUGUGGACGCAGGAACUCUUACAGACUUCCUAGAGAAAGAGGAUGUGGAGUAAUCAGGGCAGAAAAAGAUAACGAGUACUGUUUUGAUAACUGGCCACCUCUCUUUAGAUACUGUUUACUGCACCAAUUUAAUGUGGAUAUGCAGCAAUAAGCUGGCACAAAUCACCAUAGUGCAUGCUGUGUAGUUCACAGGUUCAGUAGGACAAAACCAGACGUGACUUCAAUCUUCAGGCACUGUAGAAGUCCAACUGAAAUGAGGCAGCUCUCAAAUACUUCAAGUACUGAACUCGAAACUUAAAUCAUACACACUUUUUGUACACAGUUAUGUAUAGAUCUGUAAUAAAUAUGAUGCAUUGCAAUUUA